CUUGAUCAGGCUGAGCGGUCCACUCCAGAACGCUCCCUUCAGCCUCCUCAUUCUCUUUGUGCAGUCUCUGAAGCUGUUUGUCCUUCAGGUUAUCCAUGAUGGGACGACUCGUCUUCCAGAGCAUGAUGAUGCUUUGCUUUGUGCAAGCAGCACACACAUGGGGUUACAGUGCAGCAUACGGAGCCUCCAGUGGACCAGGACCACACCCCGAUGGAAUCAGACCCCAGACUGGUGGAGGUGUAGGAGCACUGCUGAUGCCAUCCAUAGGAGUGGGUCAGACAUUGGGACCACAUAAUGGAUACGCAGGGUAUCCAACAAAAGGAAUAGGUUAUGCAGCAGGAGCUGCUGGAGUGAGCAAAGGAGUGGGAGUAAAAGGAGGAAAUUAUCCUGUUUUUCCAAACGGAAACAGAGCCACAUCUAACGGAUAUGGCGUUAAAGCCGGUCCCACAAACGGACAGCAGAUGAACGGUUAUGGAGCUCAGGCUGGUGGGUACGGUGGACAGAGGACAAAAGGCAACGGAUACGGAGUCAUAUCUGGGCCGACUAACGGACAGCAAGUAAAAGGUUAUGGAGCCCAGGCUGCUGGAUAUGCUGGGCAAAGAACUAAAGGCAACGGUAAUAAUGUUGCAGCUGCUGCUGUACAAUAUGGACUUGGAACUAAAGGCAACGGUUACGGAGCUCAGGCUGGUGGAUUUGGUGGACAGAGAAUUAAAGGCAACGGUUAUGGAGCUCAUAGCGGUGGAUUUGUUGGACAGAGGACUAAAGGCAAUGGGUACGGAGUCAUAGCUGGGCCAACAAAUGGGCAGCACAUGAGAGGUGGUUACGGAGCUCAGCUGGGUGGAUAUGGAGGACAGAGAACUAAAGGCUAUGGUAAUGCUGCUGCAGCUGGUGCACAAAAUGGAUUUGCAACAAAAGGAGUGGUAGCUGGCCCAUCUAGUAGCAUUGGAGGACAAUUAAAUGGUCAGGGAGAAGAUGGGAGCAAACCCAUGAAGGGGUACGGCCGACCUCUUCCUGGAGCAGGGAUGGUGAUUGGACCCUUCAGAGGUGUAGCAGCACCCCAGUCUGCCAGACAUCAAGAGAAGGCUUAUGGAGGUAAUGGUUAUAAUGGUUACAGAGCUCAGAAUAUGGGAGGCUCCAGAGGAGGUUAUGGAGCUGCUGGUUUGGGACUGGGACCCCGUUAUGGAAACAUGGGAUUAAAGGGGCCAGUUCCAGGUUCUGCUGGAGCCCGAGCACCAAAUGGAUACGGAGUCGUGCAAAACGGUCAUGGGAAUCCAAGUGCUGCAGCUGCCAAACCUGCAGGAUUUGCUAAAAGUGGUCAUGGUGUCAAACCGAAUGGACAUGGAGGCAGCACCCUGAGACCCCAGCUAGGUUAUGGAGCUGCUGCUGCUGGAGUUAUGAAAGGAUAUGGCGCCCAGGCCAACGGUCAUGGAGCGGGUACUGGAGCAGCCCUGGGAGGCUCUGGAGGAAAUUCUAAGGGAUAUGGACUGAGCAGCGCCUCGAAACCUCUAACAAAAGGAGUUGGAACUCUGUCCCAGAGUGAAGGUUAUGGGACGGGGAAUGGAAAAGGUCAGGCUGUGAGAGGUGUGGAUUUGUCCAACGGGAAGAGCCUUAAAGGGGGCGUUUUCCCCUCUCGGCAGCAGGUUGCAUCACCCAGUCAGGAUAUUGCUCAUCUGACUCAGGGAGAAGUUCUGGUUGCGCCGGUGCCAACUAGCAGCCUGCUUGGCUUGGUGAAAAACGAGAAAUACCAAAAACAGUUUUUGCCACAAGGAAAAAGCUAUAAAGCAAUAGGUAUGAUCCCUGAGCCGACACCGGGACUGGCUCCAGCACUUCCUGAUCCAAGAAACCCAAAUGCUCAAACUGGACCAGUGGCUCUGCAGAAUCCUGUAGCAGAACCAGCUGCAGUCCUUUCUCAAGAAACCGCAAAAGUAUCAGUCUCCAAGAAGCAAGGAGUGAAAUCAGCCAAACCUGGCAAUGGGGGCCAUGCAGGAGCACACUUAAAUGGAGGUGGAGCUAAAGCAAAUAAACCAGGUUACCAAACAUUCCCUGGACUCUUCAAUGGAUUUGGAGCAGGGCUUGGAUAUCCUUAUGGUGGAAAAUUUAUGCAACCUGGAUUUGGAGCUUAUCUCGGAGCUGGAAAUGGAUAUUUAAAUGGAAACAUGGGAAAAGGCGCCAAAUCAAAAUCAGGGUCUGUAAAUGGCUUCAAUAGGGGUGGACAACCUGAUUAUGCAGCUCUUGGUCAAAGUCUUCCUCUUGCUGAUGGGCAGUCAGAAGGCACCAAACAGUUUCCAUACAAUGGAGCCCCAGUUGUUCCAGCUGGACUUGACGGAACAAGUCCAUUUGAGCCUCAUCCUGCUGGACUUUAUCCAAAUGGCAAGUCAGGAAGCCCACAUGGCGUAAUGGGAGGACUACCAUUUGGUGGGAUGAGUGCAGAAAACAUUAAAUACGGUGUCGGUGGGUUGCAGUAUGCCGGACAACCCAUCAGUGUAGGCAUGAAUGGUGGAGGACAGUAUGGUUAUGGAGUUCACCCUUAUGUGCCUGCAGCUGGGGGUCUUGGUGCCAGUAUGGGAGGAGAUGCUCUGAAUGAAAAAAACGGUGGGUUCUCCUACGGAGGGCAACUUCUUGGCCUCGGCAGUAAUGGAAAUAUACCUGGAAAAUAUGGUUAUGGAGCAUAUCCGUAUGAAGCUCAGCCAGCUGGAAUGACUCCUGAAACUAAACCUGCAGGACAAUAUGAACUACCUGGAUCAAAGGGAUGUUUUGGUGCAGCACAGGUUCCCUAUGGGACCCAGAUUUUUGGUUUUGGUGGGAAAACGCAAUCUGGAAAAUAUGAUAAACAAGGAGCUUAUCAGUCACAGCCUUUGGAGUCUGCAACUGAAGGUACAGCUGCUGUGAUUUAUGAGCCUCGACUGCCUGGAUCAGAUUCAGCUGCAAAAGCUUACGUAAAGGGAGAAGCGCCGAUCUCAGUGCUUGCAGCUGAAGGUGAGAGAACAGCUGGAAAUAAAUAUGAAAACAUGGGUUACAUAAAUGGACAAGUGCAGCCAAAUGUGGUUGCAUUUCGGUCAGCUCCCACUCCCAGCUCCACCGCGGUCUACUCUUCUGUCCGCGGUGAUUCCUUCACACCUGCUGAGCUGAUCGACGAUGGUGUGCAGGACUUAACUGAUCCUGAGGACACCGGCAGCCUCCUCGAAUCUGCAGCUACCUCUGAGACGCAGGAUGAGAUCCAGGUGUCUGAGCAUCCUGAUGAUUCAGAGAUGCCACGGCAGGUCCACAUUCAGCAGCAUCUCAAGCUGCACUUUCAUCCACAAGGAGGAAAGAAAUACGACUUGAAUGGCUUCUUUGGGAAUAGUGAUCAUCAGGGUUGACACUGUUGACUAUACCAGUUUCAUCACUUCCUGAUCUUUAUUUCCUCAUUGUACAUUAAAGUGUUUUCUCUUUUUAAUAGUAUACUAGGUCUGUGUUUGUAAGUAUGUACAUGAAUACAUUUUUGGUUUGGCUUCCCUAAUUUUCUGUGUAUUUCAUGUUUUUCACCUGUUUUUUUGUUACUUUUGCUUGUUUAGUUGUUUUUCUUGUUCUGCACUUGUGGUUUCCUCUAUUUUUGAAUUUUUUUUUCUGCUGCAGGUCCUCAUUAUUUGUACCAAAGCUGUUGUUUUAGCUGAGCUAGCAGAACAUUUACCUCUAAUCACUGCAUCAAGAAUAUGAAUAAUAAUUUAUAGAAGUGAUUUUUGCAACUUUCUACCAGACUUUGUUCAUUAUUGUACAGUAUUUGAUUAAAACCCUGAAAUCCCAA